AUGUCUCUUCCCGCGACCAAAGCUACGAAACUAGCAGACAUGUUCAGCCUCAAGGGUAAGACUGUCGUCGUGACCGGCGCUUCGGGACCCAGGAGCAUCGGUCUGGAAGCUGCCAGGGGCUGCGCCGAGAUGGGUGCCAACAUCGCCAUCACCUACUGCUCGCGACCCGAGGGCGCCCAGAAGAACGCCGAAGACCUCUCUAAGGAAUACGGCGUGACUGCCAAGGCGUACGCGUGCGACAUACGCAGCUGGGCGGCAGUACAGAAACUUGUCGCAGACGUGCUCGAAGACUUUGGCCAGAUCGACGCCUUCAUCGCCAACGCUGGCCGCGCCACCAACACCGGUGUGCUCGAGGGAUCGGUCGAGAGCUGGGAGGAGGUCAUCCAGACAGAUCUCAACGGCACGUUCUACUGCGCCAAGGCUGUUGGACCUCACUUCAAGGAGCGAGGUUCCGGGUCAUUCAUUAUCACCUCCUCCAUGUCUGGACAUAUAGCCAACUACCCUCAAGAACAAACAUGCUACAAUGUGGCCAAGGCCGGUUGCGUGCACUUUGCCAAAUCGUUGGCAAACGAGUGGAGGGGUUUCGCCCGUGUCAACUCUGUCUCGCCUGGCUAUAUCGAUACUGGACUGUCGGAUUUUAUUCCCGCUGAGACGAGGAAGCUUUGGCACUCGAUGAUCCCGCUGGGUCGAGACGGGGAGCCCAAAGAGCUCAAGGGCGUGUACGUUUACCUGGCGAGCGACGCUAGCACUUACACAACGGGAGCCGACAUAUUGGUAGAUGGAGGUUACUGUGCUCGGUAA